AUGACCGAUCAGAAAAAUCCCGUCCACGUUCUCAUUGUAGGGUCAGGUAUUGUCGGCCUGCUCAUUGCCCAGGGGCUGAAAAAGAUUGGCAUCUCCUUUGCCAUCUUUGAGUCUGAAGUCUCUGCCACGGCCUACCGACCGCGAGAAUGGGGCAUGUCAGUACAAUGGGGCCUGCCGAUGCUGGCCGACUGCCUAACCCAAGACCUGUUCGAUCGAGUCUACACCGCCGCGGUCGACCCUAACUUUGUGCCCCCUGAUCCCGGUCAUCUCCCUGCCAUCAACGGCCAGACCGGUGAAGUGAUGAAGAACAUCCCUCUGCUGCGUAUGUAUCGCGUUUCCCGCCGGCGCUUCAGGAAAUUGUGCUCGGAGGGUAUAGACGUCCAGUAUAAUAAAAAGCUCGUCGAUAUCACCUACGACGAUGACAACGCUACGGUGACCGCUGUUUUUGAGGACGGAACGGAAGCGACAGGGACCACGCUGAUUGGAGCUGACGGGGCCCAAUCCCAAGUCAGAAAUAUCCUAUUCGGAGAAGAAGGCCAGCCCUGCAGCGUCCCUUAUUCCGCUGUCAAUCUGCAUGUCUGUUAUAAUGAUGCCGAGAAGGCCAAAUUCGUCCGCCAGGCUCAUCCCAUCAUGGCCAUGGGCAUGCAUCCAAAUGGGUAUUGGCAAUGGAUUUCGAUACAAGAUGUACCAGAUCCUGAUGAUCCGGCGACCUGGGUUUUCCAGUUACAAACCACAUGGCACAAGAAAGAAGGUGAAGAGGUGGCUUCCCUGGCCAACUUGAAGGCCAAGGCUGAAACCAUGGGUGAGCCCUUCCGGUCCGCCAACCUGUGGAUUCCGGAAGGAACCAAAAUCCACAGCAACAAUCUGUCAUAUUGGAUUCCCCGGCCUUGGGACACGCGUAGGGGCAGGAUCCUCCUUGCCGGAGACGCUGGCCACCCCAUGACUUUCCAGCGUGGCCAAGGGUUGAACCACGGCAUAGCGGACGCCCGGAGUCUCGUUCUCAAGUACAAGGAUGCCCUGGCCGGAGUGACGACCUUUGAAGAAGCUGCGGCCGCAUAUCAAGCCGAGUUGAUAGACCGCGCAGGCGAGGAGGUUCGCUUGUCUAAGGAGAACACGGAAAUGCUCCAUGAUUGGGAGCGUAUGGCGAAGUCGCCCAUCAUGCAGCGUGGGGGUCAUCCAAGGGGAGAAGAACCAGACGCGAAGGCUAGUACGGAGUGA